AUGGGCGCCGCUCAAUCGUGGCUCUGCGGGUCGAACCUGGGUCGAGAAGAUAACCUCCUGCAGUCAGGCAGUCGGCAUACGAAUGGGUUCACACACACCCGAGAGCUGCACGCUGCCAGCUUACGACCGGUGAUCCCAUCGACACCGCAGAUGAUCAAGCUACAGGGUCCGUCGUACAGUAGUGGCAGUUUGGAGGCGAAAUACGAGAUGCUGGAUGAGAUUGGACAUGGAGGCACGUCGGUCGUGUACAAGUGUCGUGAGCGGCGUUCAGGUAUCGUCCGAGCGUGCAAGAUCAUUGAUCGACGUGCCGUUGAGAAGGAACAUAAUGGCGCAAUGCGGCAAUUGCAAGUGGAGAUCCAAGUACUUCAGUCGUUGAAGCACCCCAACAUCAUUCGCAUCGAAGACGUCUACUUGUCGGGAUCGAAGAUCUGUAUGGUUACGGAGUACAUGGGCGGCGGUGAGCUCUUUGAUUAUGUUGUCGAUAGGGGGACACUGUCGGAGGUUGAAGCAAGCACAAUCGUUCGACAGAUCACGUCGGCUGUUGACUAUUUGCAUACUCGUGGCAUUAUUCAUCGUGAUCUGAAACCUGAGAAUAUAAUGUUGACGAGCAAAUCGCGCGGAGCAGAUGUGAAAAUUAUUGACUUUGGUCUCGCCAAGUUAUUGGAUGCGGAUGGCGAGACGGCUUCGUUCCUGGGAACGAGAGGGUACCUAGCACCUGAGAUGCUACAACGUCAGGCGUAUUCCAUGUCUGUGGAUAUGUGGGCGCUGGGAAUCAUUGUCUACAUUUUGCUUUGUGGUUGCCUACCCUUCGAUGAUGAAAGCAGUAAAAUCGCCAACGACAAGGCCGCUCGGGCAAGGUUUGGUCUCCGCUUUCCUCGGUGGGCGAAUGGUUUAUCAGAGAGUGCAAAAGAUUUACUCCGGCAACUGCUUGAGGUGGACUCGGCCAAUCGAUACUCUGCAGAGCAGACGCUGGCCCAUCCAUGGGUCACAGGUGCUCGCACGUCCAACAAGUACCUCAAGUCUCCCAAUUACCUUCGCACCAUCAAACAGGAACAAGUUCGAGAGAAGAUGAACAGCCGUGCGAAUGGUAUGCACGUUCUGAAUGGCAAUAGCGCGGAAGUGUGCAACAACAGCAGCCUCUCGAUAAGCGUCCGAAGACAGUCUCGUUGA